AAACCCAUACUCCCCUCCCCCCCCCCCCGAAUCUUUUCUUCUCUUCGAAAGCCACCUGUGAUUCCAUUUCUCGACGUCUGAUCCUUUGACCCACCGGCGUCAACGCUCGAUCAACGUCCACGGGACAAUGUUUUGCAUGCAGUGCAGGGAAACUUAACAUGUUGGUUUCCGGGGUUUUAUAUUGAGGUUAUUGACGUUUUAAUGCAAAGUUGCUGAGUAAUAGAAAUGAAUUAUAUGGUGAUCUGGUUUGGAUUUAAUUUCAAGUCUACAUUCAUAAAUUAGUUUUGUAGAUACGUUAUAAAUGGCUGAAGCUUGUCACAAGUAAAAGCUACUGUUCUAAGAGUUUGUUAUGAGGUAUGAAGGUCGUAACCCUUUUACUUUUCCUUUUCGGUGAUGUCAAUAGUCACAAGUAUUGGCUUCUCGUUCUUACAGAGUUGUUUAUCGUAGUAUAUCUUUUAUAUGAGGUACUCAUCUCUUUUUUCUUUUCUUUUUUAUGUAUUCCCCUUUAACUGAUAUAAUUGAUGGGCCACAUGACCAUAUUCGUUUCUCAGGGGCAAUAUUUUGCAUGCAGUGCGGGGAAAAUUGACAUGUUGGUUACUAGGGUUUUAUAUUGAGGUUGGUCUUACUGAUUCUGUAUUCUGAUUAUAGGCUUGAUUCAUUAUUAACUUUAGUGGAGCCAUGGGUCAUAGACACUUCAACUCAUUCAACACGUUCGAGAUAAAUCAAGAUCUUAACCAAAAUCAUUUAUCUGCAGAGCAGCCUUACAUGCACAUGGGAAGGAUUCCAGAAAAUGGUUCUUUUGUUUAUCAAAUGGACAAUGUGUUACGGGGUGAAGUACAACGUGUUUCUCGAUGGAAUUCAGAUAGCAGAGGGAAUGAGCGUCCUCCCUCAAGUGUCAGCACAGAAGUACCGCAUUCCCGUCCCGCUUUUUCAGGCUCUUUUUAUGAUCCCUCCCUACAAUCAUCAGCUGCUGGACACUUGUACAUGGUUCCGGAGAGUAAUGCUGGCCAUGCAGGAAACUUGUAUACGGUCCCAGAGAGUAAUGCUGGCCAUGCAGGAAACUUGUAUACGGUCCCAGAGAGUAAUGCUGGCCAUGCACAAUCUACUUAUUACAACUGGCACACUAUGCAUGAAAUUGGGGGUUGUCUACCAGACCCUGUAACUAGCACAGGAAGGGGUCCAUUUAAAAGGAAAAGCCCAGGCAUUUCUGUAGCAGGUGAAAGAGGCAGCACAAGCAGAUUCUAUGGUUCUGGAAGUUCCUCUGGAGUUUCUGUGCCAAUGCAGGAAAAAACAACUUCAAAUUAUCAAAAUAUUAUGUCAGGACCCAUUGGUUUACCUCAUCAAAGGGGUGGUAGCUUCUCAAUUGGUGGUGAAGAUUCAUCAAGGAACGUGAGAAGCCGGUCUGGAAUUGAGUUGGAAGCGAACCCAAUGAGAACUCAUUCAUCAAGUUAUUCUUUUCAUCAUUACCAUUCAACUACCCGUCCAACAAAUUAUGCCGGGGCAACAGACCUUACUUACAUGAAUGCUGAUCAAACAACUCGGCAGUGGAACUUUAAUCCUCUGUCUCCUGCUGCUCAUGGAAGAAUACUAAGUGCAGAUACAAAUGGCUUGAACAAUGUGAGCAAUCAGUUUCUUGUGAGAGGAAGUGCCGCAGAAACUGGUGGCUACCACCCUGAAUUUGUUUCAAUUGGAAAUCCUGUUUCAUCUUCACAAUAUCCUCAUGGUCCCUCCAUUCAGGCUGCAAGGGAAGGCUGUGCUAAUAAUUCUCAAAGAGCAACACCUUCAUACAGGGCUGGUCCAAGCUACCCUCGCUUGGGACGUGAAGCAGCUUCUUCAGAAAAUGGUCGGCAAUUACUUUCAGAAACUUACUCCUCCAGACAUUUAAGGCCAUCAUCUGCUGGAGGAUGGCGAAACAGUUACAGGAAUGGAAGGUCAAGGAUAGCUACUGAGAGAUUCCAAUCAAUUUCUAGUGUGAUGGAUGCCCACAAUAGAAUGGGAUCUGAGGCUCUCAUGACGAUGGAUCGCUCUGCCUUGUAUUAUGGUUCUAGCAGUUUGUUUGAUCAAUAUAGACACAUGAGGCUAGACAUCGACGACAUGAGUUAUGAGGAACUUCUAGCUCUAGAAGAAAGGAUAGGGAAUGUCAACACGGGCUUGGCUGGAGAUAUGAUUUCAAAGUGUCUGACACAAACAAUGCACUGUUCUCUGGAUGAAAACCAUGAGGAAGGAACCUGUUCUAUCUGCCUUGAUGAGUACAAGAAUGAAGAGGAAAUAGGAACCAUGAAGAAAUGUGGACACAAUUACCAUGUGGUUUGCAUCAGGAAGUGGUUGUCUAUGAAGAAUGUCUGCCCCAUCUGCAAGGCUCCUGCUGUUACAGAUUGUUCUAGUGAAGAAUAGUCGGAUUUACUUUGAAUGCAAGUUCCUUUCUUCAUUUUUUGUAUAUAUAUAUACAUUAUACGCUUACCUUGAUGCACAUUACUUGGGAAAAAUUAUCUUAGUUUAUAAAAUCAUUCAAUUGUUAUCUUA